AUGGGUUCCAGCACGAGGAAGAAGAAGGAAAAGGCGAAAGACUUUGCGAAACCAAAGUUCAAGGUCGGAAAGGCCAAGGCUAAGCCUUCCAACUUCACAGACACCAGCUUCAAGGCAAAGUCUAUUGCCAUGGGCCACCAGAAACUCUCAACUGAAGCCCCUGACAACGCCACUCAGUUUAAACACAACCUCUCGCUGGCCUCGACAUCACGAGCAGACAAACAGCGCAAGGAGUCGCUGGCGCAUCUGACGAGCCAGGUGCUGGCCGGCAACAACCCCGUCGGAACCGCCACCGUUCUAGGCAAGCUUCUGCCCCUGAUCUCGGACGCCUCAGGACCCGUUCGCAGCCAGCUGCUGAAGCUGUUUCGGGCCCUUCCCGAGGCGGAGGUCAAGCACCACGCCGAAAAGUGCAUCAUGUACAUCCGAGCUGGCAUGACUCACCUAUCCGCCGAUAUCAGCAAUGAUUCGCUGUCCGUUCUUGAGUGGCUCCUAGAUGUCGCGGCAGACGAGACCGUCAGCUGCCCGGGAGGUUGGGUAAAGACCCUCAACAGCUUCUGCGCGUUGAUGGGCUGGACUGUGAAGACGAGCUCGGGGUGGUCGACCGCGCCCAAGACGGGCCUCCGCACAAAGGACGCACAGUCGCACGCGAGGCAGGUCGCCGUAUUGGCCCGGUUCCUGCAGUCGGGACUCAAGCCCGAGGUCGCGGCGCCGAGUAACCCCAACGCCUAUGCGGACAAUAUGUACCGGGUGCCCCGGACGCCGAAUCCCUUUGCGUACCUCAACCUUUUCGGGACUCGCCGGGAUGAGGAAGCGGAGAUGUACAAUGACCGCGAGUCCCGGCAGCGGGUGUUCCACAGGAGGUUCCUGGACUCAUUUCAACGAGGCGUGGAGCAGUCGAAAAAGGAGGGCGGUACCAUCGGUCGUUCGGCCGUUGCAUUGGAUCAAGCCUUGACCCAGGGUAUGAUUGGGUAUGAGGCGACGUCGGCUGUUGAGCCUCAAGAUCUCCUUGAUUUGUGGUGA